CAUCAUCAUCAACAACAGCAGCAUCAGCAUCGUGGUCGACUAUCAUUAUUAUUAUUAUUAUUAUUAUUAUUAUUACUACCGAGUGUUAUCAUUACUACUACUGUUGUUGUUGUUAUUAUUAUUGUCGUCUAUGGCCAUGUAAAUGCAUCAUGUAGUGAAGUUUGCGGAAAGAGAUGGUGCGGCAAACGAGGUAUCUCCUGGUUGGGAACAUACCCGAGAAACUUACCAAGGAGAAAAUCACAGAACACUUCAAGAACUAUGGAAAAAUCCAGAAUGUGAAGUUUCAUCCCAAGAAGGAAAAUGAAGUUGGUAUUAGUGCAACAGUGGCAUUUAUGGACAUUAAAUGUGCCUCCAAGGCAUACAGCUCAGAAAACAAAAUAGAAAAUGUAAUAUUACGGACAGAAUACAGUGAAGGGACUGCUACGGGCAGUGUAGUAACAAGACCAGUCGAUCCUGGAUUGACUACGACAGCAACCCAUCGAGGACAAUACUUACAUACUCGGGUACCAUCAACAAGUUUCACAUCUCGAACAAAAGGUAGCUUGGAUGAGGAGGACACCUACAGGGAAUAUUACUAUAGUGGCAGCAGUAGCAGCAGAGAAACAAAUCAGUUUGAGAACAGAUACCCUUAUGAUGAGCAAGUGCAGCAUCAGUCGAGGUCUUACCAACGGAACAGAACCACAUUUACCAAGCAAUAUGAGCGGGCAGCUCAACGACCAAAAUCUGUCGGUGCCAAUGUGUCUGGUGCCACCGCCGCCACAGGUGCAGCAGCUAGUGUUAUCAGUGGUACAGGGAGUGGUACCGCAGCAGCAGUUAGUGGAGGCAGCACGAGUGCUGGUGGUGUUAGCAGUGGUACUGGUGUCAACCAAAGCAGUGCAGUGCCUGUAAGUGGAGGAGGCAGCAGUACAGUAGCUACGGCAGCCAGUGGUAUCACAAGCAGUUUGCAGAAGCAUUCCUUUGAUGAACGCUAUCACGAGCAGUAUGCCAGCGAUCGAGAAAGUUUUGAUCGGCCACGGGUCCCAACACUGUCACCGACAUGUUCAAAUUCCCAAGCAAGCAGUCGGCAUAGCAGCAGACGUAAGGGUUCUGUAUCAGUUUCUCGUUCCUCCAGUCGAAGUCGAUCGCGCUCUAGUUCCAGUAGUGGUUACAGUCAGUCCUCGUCGGGAAGCAGUCGGUCCAGAUCACAUUCCAGAAGUCGAACCAGUAGCCGAGGCAGUCUACGGCGGGUGCCUGUAGUGUCUGUGUCGGGUCAGAAACACUCAAAGUCGGAGAGUCAGAGUAUGAUGUCAAGCAAGUCAUCGACGGCAGAAACACAGAGCGCUGAAAGGAAACCACUUGGAAUCUGUGUAAUGGGAUUACCUCUUCGAUCCAGUGAUACUAGCCUUAGGGAUGGGCUUUUUCAUGAAUACAAAAAGCAUGGUAAAGUAACUUCAGUGCAGGUGCUAGGACAAGGAGAAGAACGAUAUUCUGUGGUCAGUUUUAGAAAACCAGAGGAUGCUGCAAAGGCCUUGGAAGCUUCUCAAGAUAAGAUGUUUUUUGGGAAGAAAAUUAAAGUUAUGGCACAUGAAGGUGUAGUUUUAUUCCCAGAAGUUGAAGAUAAUGAAUUCCGUCCUCCUGAGGCUGAGUGUGAUGAAUAUCAUCCAAAGGCCACACGGACAUUGUUUGUUGGUAACUUGGAGAAAGAGAUUACAACACAAGAACUAAGAGACCGUUUCAAGUCGUUUGGAGAAAUCAUAGAUAUUGAUAUCAAACGCCAGGGUGCAGUAUCUGCCUAUGCAUUUGUACAGUAUGCAGAUAUCACAAGUGUUGUCAAGUCACUACGUAAAAUGGAAGGAGAACACAUAGGAGCGAAUAAAAUAAAGUUGGGAUUCGGGAAAAGCAUGCCUACCAAUUGUGUCUGGCUUGAUAACUUGUCCGAGUCGGUGACGGAAAAGCUUCUGUGUCAACAGUUUGGUCGUUAUGGUGAAGUUAGUCAUGCUGUGAUUGAUCGCUGCAAAGGCAGGGCACUAAUCUAUUUUACUAGUAUGGACACUGCACAAUAUGCAGUUAAUGAGAUGCGGAGCAGAAUUUUAAAGAAAAAACGAAUACAGACUGGUGACUUUAGACUUGAUGGACAUCUCAAUAUUGAUUUUGCAAGUCGAGAUUGUCAGACAGCAUUUUUUGAGAAAAUGGAACGGACUGGCCAGUUGCAGCCUGGAGAACGUCCAGAUGAGCGAGGUGGUCGCUUAUAUAGACACAACAGAGGAACAAGCUUUGAAUAUUACGAUUCACCUGCAACGCCGUCUGCUUACAAAGAAGACACUGCACGCUAUGAAGCUACUGGCAAUGUCAGCACUGUUUCCUCCACAUCCCGGGUUGCCAUCACGGCAACGCAGUUCACAACCACCACAAAAAGGAAUCGUACGACAACCUUUCCUGCCACUUCGUCGAGGCAAGGAUCUUACAGAGGGCGUCACUUCACAGAAAAUACUUACUCAGAAGAAUUUCCUGCCACACAAAGGCAAAGGCACAUAGAUGAGUACAGCCAAGGCAGUGCUCCUCCUUUCACUGAAGAGGAUUCCUAUGAGCAGGAAUUGAGAGAAUAUGGUUAUAGUCAAAGAGAAAGACGGGAACGGGGCAAUGUGACUCCACCGCGUCGUUACCACAGUCCUUAUCGGGAAGACCGACAUUCGAAUUUAGACAAAGAGUCAAGUCGAGGCAGUCGUUAUGAUGAAAGUUUCAGUAAAGACCGAUACGAAUAUUAUAGCAGUGAUAGUGCAGUGAGUGAUACUGGGCGUGAUGACUCCUGGCUUGACCACCACUCCUUAGAAAUCUCAGACAGACACUCAACGUCAUCAAAAAUAAAGUAUUCUUCACGAACAGAAAAUCGGUUGAAGCAGUCAUCUCGGGACCACAGCCCGACUACUUUAGACUUUCCUUACAGACAUUCUCCGGUGAGGCGGAGAAGCAAAAGCCGUAGUCGGAGUAAAAGUGGGAGUCGGACAGAAAGUCGGAGUAGAAGCCGGACGCCCCUCCGAGAGAGGAGAAAAGAUUCGGUUUUCCGACCGAAAUCUCCCCAGACACCGCAGACCCCACCAACACCCACAGAGGAAGAACCACCCAUUUAUUCAAAAAUUCGACCAAUUAGUCCGUUUGACGAGUUUGAACGGACAGGAGAUAUUAAAAAGAUGUGCAGAACAGAUGAUAAGAUAGAAUCUCUGCGAGCCGUUGAGCACGAGAAAGUUUACAAUGUGAAGUGUCUUGGAAACCCUGCAAUGUCUUAUGUAAAGGGGGAAAGUGAGCGACUACGGUCGGAGUUGACACCAGCACGAAAGAAGAGUCGAGAAUUUGAUGAUAGCAAGCACGAUAUACUGUCGUCGCGGCUCCACAAAUCUCAACAACCGUCUUCGAGUCGGUUGGUUGAAUCAUUAAUCCAGGACAGACACCAGGUGCUACUAAAAAAGGUGGAAGAACUACAUCACGAAAAGCGUCGAAUGAGCCGACACAAGCUGUUAGAUCCGAGCCACACUGGCUCUAGUCAUUCUAGUGCCCAUGAUGACUCUGAUCAUGGCUCGUUCACAGAAACUGAUCUUGGCCAUCUUCAUCGAGAGAAACGAUUGCUGCUUGAGAAACUGAAGCAACUUGAGGAUGCUGGCAGCACGAGCGACAAUGAAUCCUCAACGCACGACGAACUGCGUGAUGACGGCCGUGGCCGUAUUGUACCGCGAAAGAUUCGACCGGACGAGUCUCUUCUCGGCAGUUUACGGCAUGGGUUAGCGGCGGAAUUACACAGCAAAGAGAAACGCAAACUAGAACCGUCUCAGAGUUUUCGCAAACAAAUGGAAGCUCGACGACUACUGGAACAAACCCAAGGAGAAUCGAUUUCAAAACCGAAAAAGGUUGCUGAGAAAGUUGUGAUGCUUGAUGGAAUGGAUAGCGAGGGAGAGGAGGAAUUGACUAUUACGUCGCCGACCGUCAUUUUGACGUCGUUUAAGCCUAAACGUAAAAAGAAAUUGGAAGGGGACGAAGUGGUAUCUGGUGUACGCAGCGGCAGAUUCUAUCGAAUGAAAAGAAGCGGUGGAGUGAGCAGUGAUGACGAAAAAGACCAUAAGUCAAUGGAGGUUGAUGAGAGCACGGUACGGCGGUCGAGUCGAGAAGCAGGGAAAGAUGAACUCUCCACUGUGAUUGGUCGGUUUAAAGAACAAUCCAGGCAUUCGGAACACAAUCGGGAUUCUACGGAAUCCAGUCACAAAGAAUCCAGAGAAUACAAAAUGGUCCACAUGAUAACGUCGAAAGACAAUUCUGAGUCUGGCACUAAAAUCAUCAAGAAGGAGAUGUCAGUUGAUGAGAUUAUUCAAGACCCUCGGCAUGAAAUAAAGAAGGAGGAACCUCUUUCUUUACCAUUGCCUCGGUUUGCAUUGAAGCAUAAUGCUUCCCCUAUGGAGUCUCCUCAGUUAUGUCCUUCGCCACCGCCAAUGCCUGCGGGACCUAAAGUUCGUUCACCCUGUUUCUCGCCACAGAGCAGUAGCAAAUCGCAGUCCCCGGUCAUGUCUCCCGCCGGUUCACUGUCUGAUAUUUCUCAUGAUACAGCUAAUUCAAACUUACCCGAGUCAGGUUUAGCAUUGCAGGACCAAAAAGAAGAAGACCAGCUGAGCAAGGACCUAGCUGCCAGCUCCAGUGGCUCUAAGUCCAUGAUCCCCAAUCCAGACGCUGAAGAUAAUUUAUCUGACAGCUUGAGUGAACUUAGCUGUUCUUCUUUGGAUGAAAAAAUCCGUCAGUUAGACAAAAAACUAAAUAUGGCACCAGUCCCUCGACCGGUUGACACCUCAACACCUGGAUUAUACGGUAAAUACAAGAUUAAAAAAAAGGAAUCUUCUUUAAGCGGAUCUGGUGUUUUAUCUUCUAAUUUACGCAGUGAACCAUCUGAUAUAGUGAAAUCUCUACUGUCACGGUCCAGUAUAUUUGACCAAGACUCUAAACGCUUGGAGCAGAUAAAUGAGAAAUAUGAACCGAAGGAGAUCACCAUCAACAUGGAGGACUCUCCCCCCAAGAUGAACAUCCGUACAAAAGCAGCUGCCAAAGAAAUGCCCCCAACAAUGCCCCAGAACUUCAGCCCCCUUUAUAAUCCAUUUGUAUCAACGUUGAACCUCUCUUCCUCCUACCAACACUUCAUUCCUGGUGUUUAUCCCCAGCAUCCUGUGAUAGGUGUCACCGCCACUACUACCACCACCACCACUACCACCAUAACCACCACAACCACCAACACCACCUCCUCUUCCUCCUCCACCACCACCACCAGUACCCCACAAUUCUGGUCAAAUUCUGCAGUUGCUAACAGCUCCCCUACCAAAUCACCAGCUGAUACAUUUCCUUCAAUGAAAAAGCACUUGGUUACCUCCAACACAACUGAAUUGUCUGUCAAAAAUGAGGAUCCUUCUCAAGUGUUACCUUCAACAUCCACCUCAUCACCAGUUGAAUUUAGUUCACUUUCUGUAAAAUCUACUGCGGAAAGCUCUCUGGUUGGCUCUACUAGUCCUGUGGUCAGUCCAUCUUACCAUACCCCUGAUAUUGUGGUCAAGAAGGAGGCAACAGGCCCUUUAGGUAUUGAAGUCAAGAAGGAGGGUGCUGACUGGAUACCACCAAAGAAAGAUCUCAAGCUGGAAGAAACCAGUGAAUUUGAUGCAAAAGAGAAAAGGGAUGUCGUCCCUAGUCCUGUUUCUAUACCGUCCACGUCCUCUGUUUCCUGCUUAGGUAAAAGGAAAACUUGUGAUGAAUUUGAUCCUGUUAGGAAUAAGUUGAUGAAAAUCGAACCAAAAAACUGUCCUUCCUCAAAACUGACCGAAGUUGUGAGAAGUGAAACUGUUGAGAAACAACUCAUCAAAGAGGAAAGUCAAACGCCCACUCAACCUCAACCCCUGGUGGCUCAAGGACAGCCAGUGACCACUCCUGUGCAGCAGCACAGAAAGAAAGCAAAACACAGUGAUUCUAGCAAAGUUAAAGACGACGGUGACAAGAAAGUGUCGUCGAGUUCUUUGAAUAAACCGAGCAAAUCACCGGAAAAGAAACUCGUUAAGAUACCGAGUCGGGAAAAGACGGAGAAGAAAGAAACGAAUGAAGUUGACAAGAAAGAGGAGAAGAAAUCGGCCGAGUCCACUUCUCAGAAGAAGGAGUCGAAAAGUAGUGUGAAAACGGAGAAAGAGUGUGAGCGAUCGUCUGAUAAGUGUAAAUCCAAUAACAAAGAUUGUGGGGGGAAUGAAGUUGAAGAGAAGAGCAAGACGAAGGCGACCCACUCUGAAAAGAAACACGAGAAGACGGAAAAGAGAGAGAAAAACCGUUCGAAGAGCAUUGAGGGUAAAGUAGAGAAAGAACGUAAAGACAGCAGCAAAAGUGAGUCUGAGGUGAAAGAGUGCCACAGGAAAGAGAAAUCAUCCAAGUCAAAAACUGAAAGUCGGUCGAAAAGUAAAAGCGAGGACAAAAGUGGUGAAGGUGACGUUUCAAAAAAUGGACGAACGAGUCACAAAAGCGAAAAUGAGAAAGCAGAAAGUGACGCUGCAUUGAAGUCUGUAAAAUCCCACAGGAAAUCCGAAGAGGAUAAAGAAGAGAAAGAGAGAGGCGAGAGUGUGAAAAGCGAUGCUGCAAAAUCUAGCAAGAGCCAACACCGAAGUGAGCCAGACAGUGAGAAUCAGUCGAAACCCACUAAAUAUCAUCACAAGGCAGAGUCUGAUAAAACUGAAUCUGAGCUUUCUAAGACGACAAAAUCACAUCACAAAUCUGACGGCAGCGACAAGUCGGAGAACGAAGCGGGGAAGCCGUUAGCAAAAUCUCAUCAUAAAUCUGUCGACAGUCAGGAGAAACAAGAGGUAGACUCUGGCAAAUCUAAGUCUAGUAAAAGCGAACACGAUAAAGGUGAAGCUGACAACUUGAAACCAAGUAAGUCUCACCAUAAACACGAGAGUGAGAAAGUCGAGAGUGAAUCCACUCCAAAGUCAAGUAGCAAGUCUCACCAUAAACACGACCAAACGAAAUCUGAAGCGGAUUCGACGAAAUCUUGCAAGACUUAUCACAAAUCGGAGAAAAGCAAUCGGAGUGCAUCGGAACGCAGUCGGAAAGACAGCACUCGUCUGAGCUCCGAUAGGAAAAAGAGUGAAAAGGAAAAAUGUGAAAAAUCCGAGAAACAGGAAAAGGACAAGUCCGAACGCUUUGAGAAGUCGGAGAAAGACUCAAAAAGUGAAAAGUCUGACAAGUGUGAGAAAGGAGAGAAGGAAAAAGUUGAACGGGAUAAAAGUGAUAAAGAGAAGUCAGAGAAGGAAAAAUCCGAGAAAGUUGAAAAAUCCGAAAAGGAAAAAUCGGAAAAAGAAAAAGAGAAAUCCGAUAAAGACAAAACUGAUAAAGACAAACCAGAGAAGGAAAAACCAGAUAAAGGAAAACCUGAUAAAGAUAAACAGGAGAAACCUGACAAAGACAAGCAAGAUAAACCUGAUAAAUCCGAUAAGGAGAAACCAGAAAGACCCGAGAAGGACAGGUCGGAUAAAUCUGAUCGAUCGGAAAAGACGGAGAAAUCCGACAAAUCUGAAAGUAUGGAGAAAACGGAAAAGUCAGACAAGGAAAAAUCUGAAAAAGAAAAAUCUGGGGACGAGAAGAAAAGCGAGUUCUACCUCGAUGCCUAUGGCCCGUACGUGUCUAUGUACGACAAGGUGAAGCGGAGAUCCUGCAGCAACAAGGACAAAGAAAUGGAAGACAUGAGGAAGAAGUUGAAUCAACUGAAGAAUACCCGGAAAAAGAGGGGCAGCAAGCCAAGCCGCAGCGACGAGACAGAAAGUAGUGUACAGAACACUGAUGACGAAAGCAGUACAAGUACAUCUUUUGUGGCUUCCAAAAAGGAAACGUUAAUCGAAGAGAAAGACGAGACUUCGAGUAAGAAGAAGAAACGCAACGUGAUUGAAAGUUCUUCGUCCGAGGAAGAACCCCCAACAUUUGUGCCUAUGCCGAGUAAACGGGAAUCGAAGAAACCCUCUCCGAAAACUCGACCUCUGCACAAAAAGCCUAAAACUGUCCUUGAUGUGUCGUCCGAUAGCGAUCCAGAUGAGAAAGACUACAAAGAAAUUCCAUCGAAAUUACCGAAAGAGAGAAUAAGCAGUUCCCUGUUGAUCUUACAAGAGCAGAGAAGCAGUUCUGGCGAUGCUAGAAAAGACAGCCAAGACGAAGCUACGAUCGAGAAAAGCGAGAAGACCAACCGCAAGAAGUCUUCCGGUAAGGAGAAGAAGAAGAAAUCCGAGAAGAAGAAGAAGAAAUCGAAGAGAUCCACUGACAAUAAAGUAAGCAAAGAAGAGAAAGGUGUGUUAAAGUCUUUAGCAACAUUCGAUAGCAGCCUUCCUGAAAGCUCUGAUGUAAACCCACUGACAGCUGAAGGAACUGAUAUGGAAUACAUGGACCUGCCUUGUGAAGAUUAUUUUCCUGUCAAGUCUGAAGAAAACUACCCGAGUGGAGGCGAAAGUGUUAAAACUGAGGCAGAACAACUCACUUUCACUACAACAAUGACCACAAACACCAUUACAACAACUAUCACGACUGUAAGUCCUUCUGGCGAUGUCACAUCUUUGACAGCAUCCACUUUACCUGCCAUCACUUGUGCAGUGUCCGACAACGACGCCGAUGACACGGUGACGGCCGACUUGGAAGAUGUGAAACCAUUUGCAAAACGAAAAUCCAACAAAGAAGUUUUCUCUCACAAGACUGAAGACUGCCUGUUUUUGGAUGUCAAUCAAGGGGAAGAGGUCACGAAAGAUCCCGAAGAGAGCCACCAUGCUGAUACAGAAGAGGAACCACCAGAUGUGUUGAGCAAACCAAACAAAAGCAAGAAGAAAAAGAAGAAGGAAAAGAAAAAGCAUGAAACUAAGUCAAAGAAAAGUUCUAAAAAGAAUGUAUUGAAAAUGCCACUGGUGGAAGAAGAUGAGGAUGAGAUUUUUACCAAUGAGCAGGAAGCAAAAGAGGAACAGGCUGACGUGAAGUCCCUAACGGUGAAAGACUUUGGUGGUUUAGUCAGCCCGAAGGCAGAAGAUUCAGUGAAGGUGGAAUCUUUGCCAGUCAAAGAGCAAGUGAACGUUGAUGUGGAUCCCGAGAUAAAACAGAAGAUUAAGAGGACGUCUUCGUGUGAAGAUCUGAAGGAAAGCGCAACUGACUUUGUCGACGACAGCGAGAAAGAAACGAAGCAGAGUGGUUUCGAAAGUGGGGAGAGCGAAACUGUAAAGAGUGAAAUCGAAGACGCAAAGGAAGAGUGCGUGAAACUGGAAAAGACUGAAGCUGAAGAGGAGGAAAGAGCAGGAGACGGGGAUAAAGUAGAACAUGGGGUUGAAGACGUUUAUGAUUUUGAGAAAUCAGAAAAUAUCACAGAGAAGAUUCAAGAUUCUGAACAAAUCAAGAAAUUUGAGAAAAUUCAUGAGACAGAGAAAGUUAAGAAGACCGUUUCUGAUUUUCUUUCCAAGAACGUUUGUGAAAAGACACCGGAAUUUCUUUUGUUCCCAAUGGGAUUAAAUGAAGCAGUAGAACAGCCCAAUGGUGAGCAGGACGAACCGACUGACUUGGAUGGCAUCAAAGAGAAGUCUGUCCAAAUGGAAAGCCCUGCACAUUCGGACAGCAAAGACAUCGAUAGUCCUUACAGUGUUAAAGAAUUGGAGGAGAGCGUAUCUGAUGUGUUUAUCGAUGCCAAAAGACCAAAUACUGACUGUAAUUCUGAUAAAAUAAAACCCGACUGGCUGGAAAUUAAAGUUAGAAAACAGUUGAUGAAAAACUUCAAUCCUUAUUUGUUGCUGAAGGAGAGCUGUGAUUCAGUCCUGUCACUCGACACUCCUGAUGUUGUACAAGACUUGGACAAGAGCAAAAAUCUAGAAGUGACCAGCGAAACUAAAGAAGAAACCUCGGAAGAGAAAUCCGUUUCUGAUAAAGAGAACAAUGCGUCUUCAGUUGACAAACUGUCGGCACCGUGUGACAACAUGAAGAAAGGAAAUGUAAUGAUCUAUAAUUUUGACUUUAGUGAAUAUGGUGGUGAAGGCGAUGGCAAUAAACUUAUUGUGUGUGAAAGCGAAGAGAACAAGCUUACCGACAAUGAACUGUGUAAUAAAAUCUCAACCUGUAACCCUAGCCCCAUAGACAAAACGCAGGGCAGCAACUCGGACACGAACCGCAACAUUGGUCAUCACAUUUAUGACUUUGAUGAUGCAUCUGAUGAUGUCUACGACAUAAUCUGCCCUGAGAAGUCCUCGAAACUGUUCAGUGAGAAAGAAUGUAAGGUGAAAACCAAGUUCAACUUCAUCGAACGAUCCAAGAAGGUUUACAGCUUGCAUUCGCCGCAUAAAAGUGAGAAACUGUUGAACAACUCCGACAUGAGUAAGAAGAUUUGUGAAAAGCUCGAACAGAAGCUGUAUGGCCUGGAUGCGAUGCUGCUGAAGAAGAUUGGCAAAAAGAUGCCAGGCUUUGAUAUGAGCAUCUCGGAGGAGAAAAUCUAUGACGACGACAUUUCAAAGUCCCAUUCUGUAGAGCAACAAGAACAACAACAACAGCAGCAGCAACAACAGCAGCAAGAGAAAGAAGAAGAAGAACAAGAUGAUGAUGAUGAUGAAAGACAAGAGAAAGAAGAAGAAAAGCAAAAACAAGAGAUGCAACAAGAAGAGGAAGAGCUGCGGCAGCAAGACGAAGAAGAGGAGGAAGAGGAAGAAGAUGACGAUGAUGAUGAUGAUGAUGAUGAGCAACAGCAGCAACAAUAUCACAAGCAACCUUGGCAUUUUCAACAGAAACAACAACAACAACAACAACAGCAGCAGCAGCAUAAUCACUAUCAGCAAGAACAACAGCACUUCCCUCAACAACAACAACAACAACCACAACCGUCACGUCACCAACAACAACAGCAGCAACAAUCUGCUGAGAAGACCGAUGGUGAUGUCUAUGAUUUUGACGAACAAGAUAAACUGAAUUUCGAAGAAUUCUAUGACUCCAAAAAAUCCGAUCACCAAAAGGUUCAUUCCGACCACCAAAAAGUUAACGAAUGCAAUGAAGAUCAAAGACAUGACGAAGUUGUGUCCAACUUUGAUGGAACACGGAAAACUACCGAAAAAAUUUCUCGGCUCCAAGAUUGGUUUGGCUGCGAGAAGAAGAAGUCUUAUUUUGAUACGAUCGAAACUUAUUGUACAAAACCUUCCAAGUGUUGCACUUCCUGCACCAAUGUGAAGCCUGGUCAGGGCAAACGGCGGAACAAACACAAGAACGUAGCCUCUUCGUGGUCAGAAGAAGCUGAUGUGAACUCUGCUGCGAGUUCUUCUACGGAAACGGACAAUGCUGCAGGAGAUUUGAGUGAUGCAAAAGACGGUAGUUUUGGGGAUGUCGAUGAACAAGAAGAUAAAUUAGUUAUUGAUACCAGUGAUAUCUGUGGGUAUGAUGAUAAUUCUGUUGAUAAAGAUGAUAAAGUAAUUGAUAAAACUGAGCUACCUGUUUCUUCUGUGUCGAGUAGUAAAUUAAAUAUCGACUCCAUUUCUGACAAUGAGACCGUUGUAGACCUGAAUUCUCCAUUAACGGAUCCAAAGGAGAAAGACUUUGCAAAGACAGAAACCACUGAAGAAAUCAUUGCUCCUAAAGCCAGCCCCAAAUCUGAACCAUUAUCUAACCAGCCAAAACUGGCCAGUCCAUUUAUAGAAAUGACUAAUCACCAUAGUUCUGUCUGCAAACAGAUGGAAUCUGUUCUUGGUUUUGGUAAACUGGACUCUAGUAAAGAUAUAUUGUCCAGCAAGUUAUCUGAUGACUGUGAUAGCAGCGAUGAGGGUGCACUGAGGAUUGAUGAAGAUGAAGUGGAAGACGAAAAUGAUGCAGAAGAGGUGACGACAGAGAAAAUGUCUCCGAAUGUUGAAUUAGAAGAUGUUUGCUUGAAACCGGAUGAUGAAGAAACGAAAACAGGUUUUGAUCUGAAAGACGAUAACCAAGAAAUCGGCACUGCUACUACAGCCACUCCAUUGACCAGCUGCGAGCUUGAAGCCAAGGACGAGGACAGUCAGGAAACAAUUCUUGACCCUCAAAUCAAUUACCAAGUUUUGGAGGACUUUGAUUCUCCUCUUUCUAGUAAAAUUAGUCCAGUUAACGAGAUUCCAAACAAUGUAACAGAAGAGAAACAAUUUGAAUGUUUGCCUGAGAAGCAAUCAGAGGAAAGUGUUAGUGACCAGGACCCUGAUCUCCCUUCAUAUUUACAUUUGGAUGUGAAGGCCUUAAAAACCAAAGAAGUAUUAGAAGACAGCCUUGCUAAAACCAACCCAGCAAUUGAAUCGAAAAGCGAGAAAGAAACUUGUGAAAAAUCCAAGGAAAACAUUGAAACCAAACUGGAAGGGUGUCCUAUCAACGACAGUGAGUUUGUCGAGUCAGGGACUGCAAUGGUUAUUGGCAAUCGGGAAAUCUUGGAUUCUAUCCGUGUGUUCAAAGACGCUGAUCUAGCCGCCAUUACUGGCUUCGACUAUGAAGAACCCAUUUCUCAGCGAAGAUCAGGGCGGAAAGGUCGACACAGAGAGAAGAAAGAGAGGAAAUGUCGUGUGUCGCGCCGGGAUCCUGACAAGAAAAAAGAUGGCAUCUUUUCUCGGUCUUUAAUCAGAGAUACAAGUUCACGUUCACCAGAAGUACUUGGGUCGUUGCAAUAUUUCGAUAUCAAGAACCAAUCGCUUAAAAGCAGUCUGUUUGACUGUUACCAGUUUGAAGAUGAACUGGAAGAUGUAAAACCGAAACUGUACCCACGCUCGACCGACCUGAAACUUAUGAAUCAGCAUUUGGUUGAAAGCAAUAUCAAAAGUGAACAAGAACCAGUUAUGAAAGAUAAAACUUUCCUGGACAGCUCGAAACUAGAAUGUUCUACCUCACCUCUGGACUCCAAAAAUGCAAUUGCCAAAUAUCCUCUGAGAUUGAAAGAAGAAAUUGACGAAGAUGCCACAAUCGAAGGGAUCUUACGAGAGAAGGAAAUCCGUGUUGAAUCUGAACUGUCAUCACAGGAGAAAGAUGAGGAAGAAGCUGAAGAGCUUGUUGAAGCUGUUAAAGACGAGCCGACUUCUUUGUCAAUUGUUUUAAAGAAGGAGAAGAUUGACGGUGACCAGGAUCGGGAGGAGCAGUACAAAGUGGAAACCAUUGAGAAACCGUUGAAGUUGGAGGAAGAGAAACCGAAAGGUCGAAAGCGUCGGCAACGAAGGAACAGCAGGAAGCAGGCAGCAGCAGCUGCUGCUUUUGCUGUUGCAGCCCUUGUUCCUGUGGUUGAGAAAGUAAGUGAGGAGUUGAAGACUAUUUGGACUGCUACUUCUGCUAUACCUGCCCAACCUAGCUCAGAUCAGACAUCUGUUAAAUGCGAGAUCAGUGAAGACAUUUCCACAGAUAUAACGGCACUCGCUGUUGCUAAUCUGAUAAAGGCAGAGUUUCCAGACGACAUUGGCCAAAUGCCAGAGCCCGUCAGUAGCAACGUCCCAUUAAAGGAAGUGUCUCCACAGAAGGAGGAACCGGAUAUGAAGCCUUCAGUAUCAGAGCUGGAGACAAAGAAGUCUAUAACACUGACUCCAGUGCGUGAGUACCCUAAACGUAACCGUGGUAAGACCAGUAUUUCAGCUGGGACCGUUACACCUAAUGUCAACGUCACUUCUACCCCGGCGAGUAGUCGACGCACCCGUGCGUCCAAAUUUGAAGAAGAGAAACAAAUCUCAGUAGCUCCUGUUGAGGAAGAGCAGCUUUUAGACAAUCUAAGUAUUGAACCUGUUGCAGCCCCGCUGCAGCCUCCUUUGAAGUUGCCUUUAGUCGAAGAAAAAGUCAAAGAGAAGAAAGUCGAAAUACCACCAAUCCGUUUUCAGAAGGAGACAAACCGACGCGGUCGAACACGUGGGUUCACUCUUCGACGAGGCCCCCCUACAGAGGAGUCUACUGAAAAUGUUUCUGCUGUUGAAGAGACAGCUGAAAAGGCAUAUCAGAAGGCCAAGGAUGUUUUUGACUUUGACGAAGAUGACGAUGAAGAAAUCGAUACUCCCAAGCUGGAAACGGUACGUAGCGUUCCACGACCUGAACGCCAUGUUAAAGACGACCACCACUCAUUGAAAGUGGAAAAUACAGUGUCGGAGACGUGCGUCUCUACUCACCAGAAGUCUUCUGUUGUCGAUGCUCAGAAAAGCACUGUAAUUCCAUCUUUAGACAUUGAUGAAAGUAGUAAGCUAGAGAAUCAGGUGGAGUACCAACGUUCGCGUAGAGGAAGGAAGCCUAACUACAAAGCUAUGGAUUCUGGCAUGUUGCCAAGAACCACUUCCCCGCGUACCCGCAUAGCAUCCCCCAAGACGAGAUCUCCGAAAGCGACGCGACAACAGGCUCAGGCACAGGCUGCUGCAGUUGUAGCAUCAUCCUCUCCCAAGACAACAGAAGUAGGCUCACCUGUUGUGAAGCUGGAAAAACUGCCUCUGGUUACUCGGUCAGCGAAAAAGGAUGAAAUCAAGAGCCUGGAUACUGUGUCUAAGAGCACAAAAGAAGAAAAACCUUCACUGAAGGUCACUCUUAGAGCAGAUCCCAUAGAAAAUGAUGUCCUUGCACUGUCUGCUAAUCAGGAAGAAGAUUUAACUGAGAAUAAGAAAGCAACUAGCUCACCAGGCUGUCCUCCGCAAACGGUUGUGGAGUCAAUCAUUGUUACACGGCGUGGUAAAGGGCGCAAGAAGAAGGUUUCAGCAAUUACUGUCGUUCCAGCUGUUUCUGCCACUAGCACAACUCCAGUUCCAACAACAACGACGACGACGACAACAACACCACCAGCAAUGCAAGAAGAUGUUUGCUCCAAACCGGUGCCUCCCGAGUUAAACAUCACUUUUACACCACCAACUGAGAGUCCCGAGUCGAAACUUGAAGUUAUAACUCCCAUUGUUUGUGAGGCAAGCGAAAGUUUGAGUGAGCAGCAGCCCUCAGUGGAGCAGACGAUGACGACAACUUGUCCUGCAGCUUCCACCUCGAGAGUGCAUCUCUCCGAUACCUCACCAAUGCCGGCAGCAGCGAAACCUUUAUCAGUAACCAUUACUACAGCACCAGCCACGACUUCUGCAGUCGGCAAAUGUCCCUUGCCGGCAGCAGCAACAGUAGCAGCAGUAGUGCCGAGUGAGGUUGCUGUGUCAAGUGAAGCUCCACCGAGCAACAGCGUUGAAAGUGUAAUUGACUCUACAAUGCCGAGAAAAGCCCAGCAGCAUGACAGUGAGAACGAAGUGACAGCGAUCCCUACGACCAACGUGAUCCAGUGUGUGGAGCAAGUGUCCGUAGGUUCCACUCUAGCCAACAAGCCUGUACUGAUUGAUGCCACUGCUAACCGCUCUCGUCAGUCUCGAAGUCGCAGCCGUAGCGCCGAGUUAAUCCGAAGUGUGCUGUCUGCUCCUCAGGGAGUUAUGCCGCACAAUCGGAAUAUGACAGGGUCACUAGUGGCAGCUUUACAUGCUCCAACUCAAGCAGCAACCCAGUCUGAGUUAAUGCCGAUGUCAACAGUGAUGUCUUCAAGUCCCGCCGUUAUCUCUUCAGUACCCGAUGCUUCUCCAAGACCAUCAGAACCAAAUAAAGUCCAUUAUUCAUCAAUGCCAAUUAACAUUGGCAAGCCAACCGUACACGAAAGUAAACCACACGCAGAGCACAACAAAAUCUCGAUUGAUUUGACCAAACGACCAGGAAGUGAAGCCAUUGCACCGAAACAGUCUGUGAUGGAGGCCAUCCUGAAACAAGCCGAUGAGAAACCUUCCAAACAUGCAAUGGAUAUGUCGGAGACUGUUCGUAUGAUUCUGGAGAAACAGGCUCCGAUGCCAGGGAAACCGUUAGUCCUUGAAGUACCCAAACAUCCUCCUGACAUGCUGAAGAAUCAGCAUGACCCAAGUAAACAUCCCAAGGACAACCUGAAACAAAUGGAGUCGUUGAAACAUUCUACAGAACCCCUCAAACAGAAAGUCGAACACAAGCAGCAACACACUGCUGUUAUUCAUCAGUUGACAACCGAUUCUAAAAAAUUCCCUCAUCAAUCUGACCCUGUUUCAAACAUCAGGACCGGACCAUCAGUCUCUUCAGAGAGCCUUGUCACAUCCCGAGCAGGUUCCCAACCUGUUCACGGUGGGGUGAUCCAUUUGACGCAACCCAUGUCACACCAGCCGCAACAUUCAGAGCACCCGAUGCCGCAUAAAUCUAUGGUCAGCAACCUCAUACAGCGUUCCCAUGGCUUCUAUGAUCAGGUGUCGGAAAGAUCCCGCUCGUCUUCUCCACACGUCAGCACCCCGUCCACAGUGGCAGGCCCCACGUCACACAUCUAUUCAGGAGUUUCUCAUCAAGCAGUUCCGCCUUCCAUUAAUUUGAAAACCGAACUUGGCAGCCGAGACCUCUCUUCAUCUCCCAGUGGCUCAGGACCAUACAGUGUAGUAACGACGACAACUGCUGCCGUUGCUGCUGCUGCUGCUGCUCACACUAUUGACAAGUCAAUAGUGAAUAGUCCGCGACCAAUGACAACGACCUCGCCUUCUUUUAUCGGACAGGAUAUGUGCAAAAGAUCUCCCACGGUCUUGCAUGCACUGACCAACCCUGGUGUCCAGGUGGGUGUUGUCCAAAUACAACCACAACCUGUGUCUUCUAAGGAAACAAGUCCUAAAGGCCAGCCAAUUGAGAAGGUACCUAACCCACUGAGAGCUUCACUGGAAUCUGGAACCACAAUAGGACCUGAUACUUCUGAGAGAUUGCGAAUGAAAGCUGAAUUCAGUCGGCAGCAAUCCUCUGUGUCCGAGCAGCAACAUAAAGUGCUGUCUGGUCACCAUAAUAAAUCUGCUUCCAUCAGUAUGUCACUAUCGCAGCCCACACCUUCCUCACGGACGUCUGAGAUAAUGAAGGGUUGGAGACAGUCGUCUCCUCCACAGCCGUUAAUCCGCAACAACUUUGCUCCGAUUGCAAUAUCUCCGAGUCCAUCGCCGACGUUGCACGCGACCAAUUUGUCGAUCAAUCACCAAUCUACGUCUCAGCAGCCGGCCCAGCAACAGCACUCGGCGCAGUCCCUUGCUGCACACCAACUGUUGCCUGGCAACCCUGCCCAGGCUCAUACUCAACCUCCACAGCAACAACAACAACAACAGCAACAACAACAACCGCCGCAACAGCAACCGGCGCCACCACAGCAGCAGCAGCAGCAACAACAGCAGCAUAUUGCUCGUUCCAGUCCAAACGUUCAUCCCUGCUCUGUUGGUCCGUCUUCAGUGUCGUCCUCUUCCACAUCCUCAUCAUCGCCAGCCACAUCAGUGUCUGUCACUGUUUCCUCCGCUCAUCCUAUGACAGUAGCAUCGACUGCCCUCCAGAUACAGCAUCAACUGCAGGCCCAGCAAGCAGCUGCUGUAGCGCACCAACGAGACCGCGAAAGGGAGCCAGCACCAAACCAGUCUCCUGCUCAUCAACCUUCUGGACACCAGUUGUCUUCGCAAGGAAAUCAUUCCCAGCAUAAUACUCCUGUUUCCGCUCACCAGAGUCCAUCUGUGGAGAUGAGAACAGUGAGUUCAAGUGGAGCUGGUGGCGUUCAUCGGCUCACUUACAUUCUUGACAAUAAGGCAAGCCAGCAGGCAUCAAUGGAGGCUCGGCUCGCUCAGCUUUCUCAGUCAUCUCAUCCGUCUGUCUACCCAACUGACAGACGCGUAGAGAAGAUAGCAACUACUCCAAGUGCUUUCUCGCCUCCGGCAGUCCAUGAAGUCCAGCAGCCGUUCUAUACAACAGACAACCUGCAUGUCUCGCGCAGCAUGCCCUUUCCACAGACCCAUCUCCCUAUUCAAAUGGGACGUCUACCUGUCGACCACGGGCUUGCUGUCUAUGCUAACGCCCAACAUGGCUUCAUAACUGUACCAGAGGGCACCAUCGUUCAAACUCAGGCACAUCACCCCCAUUAUCAACACACGGGAUACCUGAGUCAACAGCAUGGCAUGGUCGCUCUAGAAUCUCGACCUCCGUCUAGGCCACCAUCUCGACCUGACAAACGGCCACCAUCAAACCCCAACCAAGCCACUGGAGGUUCAACUGCAGUUGUAAAGGCCCACGUCCAGCAACCACCACCUGGAUCACCUGGUUUAGUCCAUUCGGAUGGUGUGAAGUUAUUACACAGCAACUUGUCAGUAACACCACAGUCUAUCGUUAAUCCAAAUUCCUUUGCCUAUGAUACAAUUGCUAUGUUACAGAUGAUUCAUGAAGUUUCGUUUACACAGAAGAAAUAUGAAAUAAUGUGGCAAGGUCUUCUGGCAUUGAAAAAUGAUAAUGUAGUUGUGCAGAUGCACUUAAUGUCAGGAAAUAGGCAGUUAAUAGCACCAUCUAUGCCACAGCUAGCUUCAGACUGCACCAUGCAACCACUGCGAAUAAGCCAACGGAUGCGCCUCGAGCCAAUCCAGGUUGAAGGAGUGGCAAAACGGAUGCAGUUGACCGAAGAGUAUUGUAUGCUGUUGGCCCUGCCUAAUGGCCAAGACCAUUUUGAAAUAAUGCACCAAACUAGAGCUCUGAACAAUGGUUUUAUAAGUUACCUGAGCAGUAAGCAAGCUGCUGGAAUCGUUAACGUGUCCAACCCAGAAUCUCAGCAGCCUGCUUAUGUCGUCCAUAUUUUCCCACCAUGCGAGUUUUCUCGCCUGAAACUACGAGAGGCCGGAUUUGAAUUGAUGAACCAAGUGUCUGACUUUGCUCAUCUUGUGAUUGUGAUUACCACGGUCUAGUCGAAUUCUGGCCAAAUAUUGGAUUGACAUGCCACACAAAGUCAUCAGAAGAGGGGGCUGUACCCUGCUGUGAUUCUUGUUGUUGUUGUUGUUGUCAUCAUCAAAGUUGUCUGCAGACAAGCCAAUCAGCAUCAGCCCAAAAUCGAUGACAACACACAAUAUGAUAUGGAGGUGAUGGGUAAACUCACCAGUAGAAUCAGCAGAGAGCUGCUGACUUUCUUGUACCAAAUUGUCAUGGAGACAAUAUUAGGUGACCACCACCACCACCACUUACAACCAACUCCUCUUCUCUCUGUUCUAUAUUUACAACCAAACCAUGUUCACUGUAUUUUGCAUACGUUUCAUAUAUCCAGUGGAAAGAAAAGUUGGCGAUGAUUUAAAAGGGGAGACGAAGGACAAGAAAAAAAAAGAUCUAGUGCUGAAAUCUGUAAGAGUUUGGUCGCGUGAUUAUCUCGACGACGAUGUCCCUGUUGAUUGCAUAACUAGACUUUUAUUUUCUCAGUGAAAUCCUCAUCCAAAGUGAUAAACGGACUCAAAGUGUGUUUGUGUGUGAGUUCCGUCUUCCCAGUGAUGACUUUCUAUCAAUGAUACCGCUUCCAAAGAUCUUUAAAGGAUGAGUACACCAUUUAGGAAUUAAAAACAAAACAAAAAAAAAAAAGACAUUUGUGAAUGAGGAAUAGGUCCAGACCAACAGGAUCUUAUAUAUUAUUAUUAUUAAUAUUAUAAUACACAGGAAAACUUCAAAAAAAGCCCUCCCCUCUUUUAAUUUUAAAUUUUUUUUUUUUUUUUCAAAAGUUACAAGUGAAUUUUUUUUAAACAAACAAAAAAGCAAAAUUUUAUUUUAUUUAUUUAAUACUUUCCCCCCUGCCUCGUUACACACUGACCACCACCCCCUUUAUUUAGUGACUCCACCAGGGUUUCAACCAAUACUGCUGCUCAAACCCGACCCCCCCUCUUGUACUGCAAGUCCCAGUCGUUGUGGGGGAGAUUAAUGACAAUAAUUACAUACAUACACUGCUUUAUGUGACAAGUCUCUGUAUAUCUCUCUCUCUCUAUAUCUCACUCUCACACUUCGGAGCAGUCUUGUAAUAAGGUGAAUCAUGUAAACAAGGAUUUUUUUGCUCUUGGAAGGCAGCUAAAUCUUUCUUCACACUUCUCAAAACUAUUUCUUUCAAUAGUUAUUUUAAAACCUUUUUUUUUUUUAACCCUUUCUAGCCCCAUUAAUAAUUUUAGUUCAAAUAUUUUAAUUUUUGUUGGUUUAAUUAAUAUAAUUGAAAGAAAGAGAAGAAAAAAAAUGUUUUAAAAACAAAAAAUACCCCCAGCCCCUCCACAAGCUAUGUAUAUGUAUGUAAAGAGAGAGUGCCCUGCCAGCCACUCCACCCCCAUUUCUAAUCAGUUCCUCUUCUUUCUCAUCUUCCCUAUUAUUUUUUAAAAAAUUUUCUUUUAUCAAACUUUUUUUUAUUUCAUUUCUUGGCAUUUUAAAGAAUUUUUUUGUUCUCUCUCUGUCUUUCUCCUGCCCCUCAAACUGUUGUAUAUAUUGUAAUUAAAAUGAGGGGAGUGGCUGAAGUGAUAGUCAAACGACACUGUAGGCUGGCUGAGUGCACCCCACCCCCUUUCUAUCACGUGAUCUCAUUACCCUGCUGCUGGCCAGCUACUGCUAUUUCUCUCAAAGAAAGAAGGACAUGCUUCAGAGGAUGGCAGUUGGCUCCUGUGGCUAUUUAAAAAAAAAAGAAAGAAGAAAAUGAAAAUAUAAAUGGAUUUGAACAAAAAAAAAAUGAAAUGAAAUGAACAUAAAAUAUAAAUAAAUGAAAUAAAAUAAUAAAAAAAAAAACUUUUCAAAACACCACUCCCCUCCCUUGCAACAAGUUUUAAUCUCUUUCUCUUCCUUCCGCCAGUGACUAAACAGAGCAAUUGUAUGGUGGAGGGAGGGACACAGUUUCCUCUCCCUCUCUCUCUUAUUCCCCCCUUCCAAAGCUACAAAUUUUCUCUCAUUCCCUUUUUUUUUUUUUUUCCAAGUAAAACACCAAAGUUUGGUAUUAACGCCUCUCUCUACUUUGGGGGCUCAGGUUAGUCCACUAUUUCACUCCCCAAACCCCAGCCACCAGGGAAGAGUGAGACGAAACACACAACUGCUUGGUGUUGAUCAAAAAAAAGAAAAAAGAAGAAAAAAAAAACAAAAAAAAAGGAGGAAAAAAACAAAAAUGAAAAAUUUCAAAAAAAAAAAAGCAAGAAAAACUAAAAAGUGAAAAUUAUUUUGUUAAUGUUGUUGUUGUUGGUCAUAUAUUGUUUAUGACUGUAAACAAAGCCAGAUGCUUUUAAUUUGCGCUUCGGCACGAAUGGCAUAAACAUGGUCCCAUUUGUUAUUUUAUUUUGAUCAGAAACUACCUAUCCAAGCAAAUAAUAAUAAUAAUAUAAAUAAUAAUAGUUGUAGUAAUGAUGAUGACAUUUUUAGAAAAAUGGUAGUCAUUCCAUGAUUCCACUGGUUGCUUGUUAUCGACCUCUGUCCAGUUUCUUGGGAGUCCAGAGUUGUGAUAGCAAACCAGUGGACGAAAGGAAGAAGCAAAGUUGUCUUUCUCACUACAACAGAAUUAAGGGAAAAAAAAGAAAAUAAUAAAAAAAAAAAGAAUUCUCUGAAAAAAAAGAGAAGGCCAAUGUUUAUGUGUGUGUGCGCGUAUGAAAGACGGAGAAAGCGCGUGUGCGCGAGUGACCGAGAAUUUGUACAAAGAUGAUGCUAUCUUCUGUAAAUUAAAUCCUGUUAUAUCAGUUACUGUUGGAACCUCUCUGUUUGGACAGGUGCUGCACUUCUUAUUGAACUUGACACUCUCUCUCUAUCUCUCUGUCUCUCUCUAUCCCAUCUCUCUUCAUUACGCUCAAACCAUUUUGGGACCUGUUGGUUGGUGUAUAAAAAUUGUUGUAAAUAGAUUUUCAAUGUACAUCUUGUAUAUUUGUCAACAAACAAGCCUCAUUUAUGUCAUCAGUUGGUUUCUCCUUCAUAGAAAAAGUCUUAAUUGUUUUUUGCUGCUCUCUGAAUAAAGAAGUAAAGCAGAGCUUGAUAAACAACUCUCUCUCCUCUCUCUCUCUCUCUCUCUGCUCUGUCUCUCUCACCUGCAAUAGUUGCAUAUAGAUCUGUGGAUUCUUUGCGAGUAGCAGAGGAUGGCAGUGGCGGCUGCGAACUACUGCAGAGGGCUGUGUGUUUGUACAUAUGGCAGUUUAAGUGUGCGAGCGUGCUGGUGCAUGCAUGUAUGUGUCUUUGUAUGUUAACAAACACACAGACACACACGCACAGACACAGACACACACUGAAAAUUAAUAAACAGGAGCUGCCCAAGCGAAAUGGAAGUGUUGAGUGUUUGUGUGUGGCCGGCUGUGUGUGUGUGUGUGUGCACAGAUCUUGUCACUGACUCUGGGUGUAAUUGUUAUAUGUACAGUUGUGCUGUGUGUGAUGGGUCGCAUGGUCUUUGAAAGUGUGAUAGUUAGACAUGGAAAUUUGGAAAUUGUGCCGUUGGUUGUAUAAAAAAAAAAAGAUAACAUAAAAAUAUAAAAGGUAAAAAAAAAAGCAGGAUAGAAGCCAUGUAAUACUGAAUGAUGUGGGCGAAAUAUAAGACCUAGUUAGAUUACUUUAAAAAAAAGAAGAAAAAUCCACCCUUUUAAGUGAAACUCCUCCACCCACCCAUCCACCCAUUUUUUUUUUUUUAACUUUCUCUCCCCCUCUCUUGUCCCCCUUCAACAUCUACAAGUCUUUCAAUUCUUUGUUGGUUGGUUGAUGUUCCUCCGCAGGAGCAUAGUGGCUCCUUGAUGACUGUUUUUUUUUUUCUCUCUCUCUUGUAAAACUCUCGUUUGUCGAGUUUCCCAAAACAACAGUCAUACAAAGUGAAGGGCCUGCUGAUAUAUUUACGUUCCAACUGUACCCCCCACAUCUCUACCUAUUUUUUAAUCAAUUCAUUUGAGAGAAGAAAAAAAAGAAAACUUUUAAAGAAUAUUGAAAGCAAUUUGUUAUUAUUAAGUGAUAAACUUCUCAAAUUGUGUGAAUAUUACUCGGUUUACACAACUAAAAUAUAAGAAACCUCAGACUGAAGUAGAGGAAAUACAAGACGUUUUUCAUUUUUCUUUUUUUUUUCUUAGGUGAAUUCCCCUUCCACCCCUUCCUGUGUCUUAAUUUUUCAAAUUUUAUUUUAUUU